UUAAACCCCAAGGUAAGGCGUUAGGAGAGACGGUAUCUCCAGUUUCAUGGUUUUAGAUAUUUAUCGCUUUUACGUGUUAUACUUCUCCACUCAUUAGUUUCUGUUUAAGAUUUAAAGUUGUUUUUCACGUUAUGCAUGAUUUAGUGUGUUUAGAUCAAUUUCUUCCACCGGAGAACCACUACUCUUGCAUGAUAGUCAAUAAAACAACUUUCACAAACUUCUGCGGAGAUAUCAACUGACGCUUAACUAAUUUUAAGCUAUGUGUUGGUAAUGCGGUGUAAUACUAGAUGGAUAUUUUGUGUGUUUUGACGAAAACUAGUGUAGGUUGAUGAUUGUGGAAAAACAGCACAAAGUGGUAACUUUUACAGAAUAUAAAUCUGUUUAAUAAUUUAAGCACUGAAGAGGAAAGCGUUAGCUCACAGUUUGAUAGGUUUACUUCAGAAUUAUUGUAAGUUUGGUUGAAAGCCUCUACAUGAGUCUUAUGGUUAAAUACAGUAGAUAUUGAUGUCGUUUAACACUUUAUAAUAAAGUGAGGCAUCUUAGUAGUAAUCAGAUGUAAUUUCAGUGCUUCUAAUCAAGAGGAAAUUCAGGUGUGCCACAACUUAAAGUAGUUAUGAGUUCCCACUAAAUGGUAGAACAUAUUAUAAAUCUGUUCCUAGUUUAUGUAAUAGUUUAAGGGAAAAUGUACUAAAGUGGUUGUUUUCAGUUGUUCUCUUCGUUUCUCAAACUUAUACUGCUUUUACAGUCCAGAAUGUCCACCACUGCUAACCAUCCAAAGAAGAUUGGAUCAUGGUAUUUCGGUGGGAUAGCUAGUGCAAUGGCUGCUGCAUGCACGCAUCCACUGGAUCUCAUCAAAGUACAUUUACAAACUCAACAAAAGAAAGAAUUUGGAAUGUUAAAAAUGGGGAUUCGUGUGUGCAAACAAGACGGCAUUUUAGCCCUGUACAAUGGUAUAAGCGCCUCAGUUCUGAGACAGUUAACUUAUUCAAUGACUCGAUUCGGAAUGUACGAAACCUAUAAGCAAUCCAAAGGCUCUCCAUUACCAUUCGGUGAAAGUGCAGUAAUUGCCAUGGUCUCUGGAUUUUGUGGAGGUAUCGUCGGUAAUCCAGCAGAUAUGGUCAAUGUUAGAAUGCAAAAUGAUAUGAAAGUGCCAGUGAAUGAAAGACGCAAUUACAAAAAUUGUAUCGAUGGCUUAGUUCAAGUAGUUCGCAAAGAAGGUGUGCCGAAAUUAUUUAGCGGUGUCAGUAUGACUGCUUCACGUGCUGCAUUUAUGACUGUCGGACAACUGGCAUUUUAUGAUAAAUUUAAAAUGAUGCUUAUUAAUACAGGAAGUUUCCAGGAUAAACCCUUAACGCAUAUGAUUGCAAGCAGUAGUGCUGCUGGAGUUGCUACCUUUAUCACUCAACCAUUUGAUGUAAUGAAAACGCGUUUAAUGAAUGCUCCACCUGGAAAAUAUUCAGGGCUUAUAAAUUGUGCCGUCGAUCUUGCAAUCACCGGUCCAUUAUCCUUUUUCAAGGGUCUUGUACCCGCAUUUAUACGUUUAGCACCGCAUACUGUAUUAACAUUUGUAUUCCUUGAACAACUAAUUGUCAACUUUGGACAUGUGCAGACGCCUCAUAAUUAA